AUGGCGGCCGGUGUCCGGGCCCCGCUCCCCGGCCUGAGCCCCGUGAGGGGACAGAACGCUGGCACAGCCGCCUCAGCCCGGGUCACCGUGUCCCUGCCCGGGCCCGCGUCCCCCGGAGCGCGCCCUGCAGCGCAGAACGCGGCCUCGGAGCCAGGAGCGGGGCCAAUGGCCUUGGCUCGGCAGCGGCGCCGGGAGGCGGCGGGCGGUGCCCUCAGGGCAGGAAAAAUCACCAAACUCCUCCCAUCUUUGCCAAAAGCUUUGGUGUUUGGGCAGCCAAAGGCAAGAGGCCUCAGCACCGGGCUCUGCGCUGGAGGGCUCUGGGCCUGCCCACGCUGUGGGGCUGUCCUUGCUGGAGCACCCUGGUCCCUGCCAUCCCCUGGGACACAGAGGGAGCCCUGUCCCAAGUGGCUUUGGCACCUUGGCAGGGAUGUGGCAGCAGCCCCAGAGCAGCUGGAGGAGAAAACCUCCCAGCAGAGACAGAUUGCAGUGGAGGCCAGAGUUGUGUUUGGAGCAGGGAGUGCUGAGAGCUGCGUCUGCCUGUGCUGCCACAGCCUGAGCACAGCCUGGGAACAGCCUGGGAAAGGGAUUGGGGCAAUUUCUGAUGCCCAGUGAAAGAACACAAACUCAGCCAUUCAGCCUGACAGGCCCCUCCACCCAGAGCUCAGCACACAUCCUCAGAGGGAAGUCCAGCAUCCAAAGGGAAAAAACCCAGAAGAAAAAGCAGCCAGCAGGGAAGGGACAAGAGGAUCCCUGUGGGAUGAGGCUGGAGAGAGCGAGCAGAGGAGCAGCCUCGGGCUGGAGAAGGGCAGAGGGACCAACGUGGUGUCACCAGGGCACCUGUGAGGAGCAGAAUGGACACUUGGAGGCCACAUGGAGGAAAGGGAUGCACAUCCCUGUCUUCAGCACACCUCCAGUGGGACCUACCUGUGAAAGCUUUCCACCACUUGUGCACUUGCAGCUGGAUCCCUGAAAAACUCCAAACUCCAUCCCACUGAUUUUCAGGUAUCUCUGAGGGCUACUGCCUGGGAUUUAAUACCUGUGGGGGAAGAUUGCCUUGGCUUCAAUGCUGCUGAUGGAUGGUGGCCUCAGGCUGGGCAGGAGGGAAGGGAUUUGGGGUGGCUGGGACAUGGCUGGCAGCUGUGUGGGAGCUCUGAACCGGGAAUUGCUGCGUGAGCCCCUGUGCAAAGGGGCCGUGCCUCCAU